GAUCGCAUCUUACAGAUACUACAACUCUGCCUGAGUGAACCAAAGCUACGGGGAACCAGACACUUAGCAUCACCCUUAUAAGGCCCUUCAGCCUCGUGUUUUACUGCUUUAGAGUCCUGCAACUUUAUUUGUCUGCUCUUGACUUGACUUGUUCUUUCUACCUUCACCCCCACUCGGACCCUUCAACCCCACCUGAGCAGUUCCGCCACUACCUAGGUACCUACCUACCUCUCUACCUUACCUGCGUCUACUCUCUAACUACCUUACCUUAGUGCCUCACUUUUACGAGCUCCAUCUCCUCCAAAGCUCAAUCUCUUCUCUACCUAUCUCGAUCCCUACAAAAAAGACAUUCACAAUGGUCGACCGUCCAAACAAGCCCUCGGCGCUCGCCUCUACCCCCGCCGCGCCUCCUCAACCCACCGUCGACAUCACUCACGACAACUCCCGCGUCAAGGCCGUUCUUCCCACCGGCGAGAGCGUAGAGGUUCUUCUCCACGGCGCUACUGUCAUCAGCUGGAAGGAUGCUUCGGGGGCUGAGAAGCUCUGGGUCAGCGAGUCUGCUGCUCUUGACGGAAGUGCUGCUGUUCGAGGAGGUAUUCCCAUCGUCUUCCCGGUCUUUGGUACUGCCCCCGACCACGAACCGGUAGCCAAGCUUCCCCAGCACGGCUUUGCUCGUAACUCGCGAUGGGAGUUCCUUGGAAAGUCUACCAGCGAGGGCUCUAGCUCUAGCGUGAAGCUCGACUUUGGUCUUUCCUCCGAGAGCAUCAGCGAAGAGUUCAAGGCUCUUUGGCCCUACAAGUUUGCCCUCAUCUACAGUGUCUCUCUUGACCCUGAGAGUCUCAACACUACUAUUGUUGUUACCAACGAUGGUGACACUGCUUUCGACUUCCAGACUCUUCUUCACACCUACUUCAAGAUCAGCGACAUCUCUUCCACAGAGGUCACCGGUCUCGAGGACUCCGUCUACUUCUCCAAGGUCUCCAGCUCAGAGGCCACCCAAUCCGGCGCCGUCACCUUCUCCGCCGAAACCGACUCCAUCUACACCCCCGCCAAGGGUCCCUCUCACCCAGUCGUCAUCUCCGAGUCCGGCACUCCCCGUCUCCGUAUCGUCCGUGACAACCUCGACCAGGUCGUCGUCUGGAACCCUUGGGUCGACAAGUCAACCGGCAUCAAGGACUUUACUCCCAAGGACGGCUGGAAGAACAUGCUCUGUGUUGAGCCCGGCUCUGUCAAGGGAUGGCAGAAGCUGGAGAAGGGCGAUGCUUUCGAGGCGGCGCAGACCAUCACUCUGGUCUGACUUGGCAAGAGUGAGGGAAUGAGGAGAUUCAAGAUAUGACAGUUUUUACGUAACGGCAGCACAAUAAUUUGAGAUGGACAUGAUAUGAAUUAACUUGUGUUUUGAAAGACAAGCCCUUAUGCUUAGAUUAGAGAUGAAAGAAGGUACCAACUCACAAGAUCACGGCCGUCAGUGCUGUGUUUUAUCAUUCGAGAUUUCUCAUACCCAACCAAGUGUUUCAAAGUCUCAUUUUUCUGCUUAUUCCCAAGUUGCUCCCAUGAUAUUCACUGCUCCUAUUUUGUUCCAAUGUACAUUUUCUUCAUGUCAAAUUCUAGUGUCACUUAUAUGCUCAG